CAUACAAUGCACCUAGGUUUUAGAGGAGGAAAACAAGAAAACAAAUAUUCUGAGCCAAUGGACUGCAGACAUAGUACAGGAGAUGACCAGAGACUGCGGACACAGUACAGGAGAUGACCGGAGACUGCGGACACAGUACGGGAGAUGACCGGAGACUGCGGACACAGUACAGGAGAUGACCAGAGACUGCGGACACAGUACAGGAGAUGACCAGAGACUGCGGACAGUACAGGAGAUGACCAGAGACUGCGGACACAGUACAGGAG